UAAAAAAUUAAGAAAGCUUUCAAAAGUAGUAGCAAUAAUAAAUUAAAUUCCAAAUGGCCUCGAAAACUUUCUUGAUUGCACUUGUUGUAGUUAGCAUAGUUGUUGCUCCAGCUAUGGCAACAGAGCAUUUGGUUGGGGAUGAUCAAGGUUGGAAACUCAAAUUUGACUACAAUGCAUGGGCUGAGAGCAAAGAGUUCCAUGUUGGAGAUAAGCUCAUUUUCAAGUACAAGGAAGGAGUUCACAAUGUGUACAAAGCAGAUUUGACAGCCUUCCAAAACUGUGCACCAGGUGCCAAUGUCGAACCCUUAACUACUGGAAAUGAUGUGAUUGAGCUGAAAUCUCCAGGGAAGAAAUGGUACUUUUGCGGAAUAAAAAACCACUGUGAUCAAGGCAUGAAGGUCGCCGUUAACGUUCUGUCAAGUUCCCCUGGCUCAUCAGCUGCCUUUGGGAUUAGUCCUUCCAAAUUAGUUGCUAUGAUGGUUGCUGCAUUUUCCAUGUUCUUGAUCAUCAUUGCUUAAGACUAUUGUUCUUUGGUUAAUUAAUUCUGUUAUUUCUGUUCUUUUCGUGAACUUGAAUUUUUUUUUCCAUUAUUUCAAAAUAUGUAAUAGCAAAUUCGGAAUAUUAAAUAUUUGAAUGGG